AUGGUUAAAGCGCGUUCCUCGGGCUGGACCCUUCGCGAGAGGGAGGUGACGCGGGUGAUGUCACCGUGCGUGCAUCCACGUGGUCGUGACAAGGACAGGUUAUGCAGCCUUGACCUGCGCAAUGUCCCGGUCACAUGGUCCAGUAGUGCACGCAGCGCGACUUUGCAUUGCGAGGUAGUGGAUUGGGCGCGCGCGCAGCCCCGUAGACCUCCGCCCCCGCUCGACGAUGACCACUCGCGCCCGAAGCCCUAUCUGUGGACCAGGGCUCGGGAUGAGAUCAGCUCGAAACGAGUGUCGUGGAACGGCACCCUGGAGGUGGCCCGCAAGGGCGGUGACGGCGAAGACUUGUACCAGUGCGGAGUGAAGCACCACGGGGCCGUAGUCCUCGGCUAUCCCAUUAAUCUUAGGUUCCCAUUUAUGGAGAAGCAGUUUUCGGCACAACCUGAGGAUGUGGAAGCUCGCAUUGGCCAACCUCUCGUAGUUCCCUGCAGGAUUGCUUCUGGACCUGCCGCUUCCAUAAAUUGGCUUAAGAGUGGAGAAAGCAUAAAAAAUAAUAAUAGAUAUUUUAUCUUACAAAAUGAACUACUUAUUGUUGAUGUUAAAAAAGAAGAUGCAGGAGUAUAUAGAUGCAUAGCGUCGAACUACGUGUUGAAUAAGAGUAAGGCGAGUCGAGAUGGCGUCGUGACGGUGGUGCCUUCCGCCGAGAGCAGCUUGUCCCUGUUGUCGCUGCAGCACGAGGAGGUCACGGCGCCUCGAGGAGGGAAUCUCAUCCUACCUUGCCCGGUACUCGGCUGGCCGAGACCCAAGUUAAUAUGGGAGUUGACACCUCACGAAGCCGGUUCUCCAACCAGUGAGCUGGAGAGUAGUGAGGAAGUUUUGCUACUUAGAAACCUGGGACCCGAUCAGGUUGGCCUCUACACUUGCUCCGUUGAGGGAAGGAGUGAUCUUGUUAAGAACUUCAAUGUGUCGUACACUGAAGCUGUGAACAUAACCCACCCGCCGCUCUCGAAAGAAGUAAAACGAGCGAGCACCGUUCGGUUCAAUUGCACCGCGACGGGGACUCCCAAACCCAAGAUCACCUGGUACAAGGAUGGGAAGCCUCUAAUGUUAGCCGUGAGGAUCAAUCUACGAACAUCCGCCGAUCGCGAACGCAUCGAGUUGGUAAUAAGCGGUGUUACUUCGGAUGAUGCAGGUGUGUACCAGUGUUUUGCGUCCAACGGACUGUCAACGGCAUCCCAGUGGGCGGAGCUGACGGUGACGGGUCCGGGGGCGGCCGCCCCGGACUCCGUGCGCUGCGCUCCCUCCGGACCCAACUCCAUAGCGCUGAGCUGGAACCACGAGUCGAACAGGGUCUUCGCGUACUCCGUUGAUGUCGCGCUAAGAGAUAAUUCAGGCGCCGGAAAUACGGGCCAACCGAACAUGAACACAGAAGAGACUUUCAGUGUGGAGAAGGCUCUCACGCCGUACCAGUUCCAAGUGAGGGCGUACCUCCGCCUUCCGGGCAAUAAGACCGUCGCCAGCGACAUGUCCGAGAGCGUCGUAUGUCAGGGACAAGGGGGGUGA